AUGAAGUUAGUCUCGCGCAAGGUCCCAAAGACCCUCGAAGAUGAGACCGUCUCUCUUCUUCCCGAGGAUCCCGAAGAUAUGUGGCAUGCAUACAACCUCAUCCUACCAAGCGAUAUCAUCCAUGCUCAUGCCAUCCGUAAAGUGACCACAACUUCAAACACGGGAAGUACGGCCUCUGAGCGUGUUCACACGGAAUUGGCUAUCAAGGUCAAAUCCACCUUCUUCGACCCCAUUAUCUCAUCACUCCGCGUCUCUGGCACUGUCGUUGCGGAGAAUCCUUAUGUUACCCUAGGCUCUCAUCAUACACUUGACCUCGAGGUCAACCGCCCAUUUACCAUUAUCAAGCCAGAAGGAUGGGACUCUGUCUCAAGAGCUGCUCUCCAAGAGACUCUGUCCGAUGACAAGGGUGGUGCCAUGGCAGCUGUGGUUAUGCAAGAAGGUCUUGCCAACAUCUGUCUAAUCACACCGUUCCGAACCGUCCUCAAGGUUCGGGUUGAGAGUGUGAUCCCCAAGAAGCGCGAUCUUGCAUCGGAUCAAGAUGCAGGCAUGCGCCGCUUCUACGAAAAGACAUUAUCAACUCUUCUCCGAACAAUGGACUUUACUGAGCCACGACCGCUGCUGAUCGCCAGUCCGGGCUUUGUCGCCGGGGACUUCAAGCAGUAUAUCACCAACAAGGGGCGGGAUAAGGCAGACAAGAUGCUUACAGCUCUGGCAAAGCAGGCCACAGUGAUUCACUCCAACUCUGGCCAUGUUCACAGUUUGAACGAAGUCCUCAAGAGUCCAGAAGUCCUUUCCAAGAUGAAGGAUAUGAAGUUCGCUCGUGAGACACAAUACGUCGAUCAAUUAUUCGAUAGGCUCAAGUUGGACGACGGACGUGCGUGGUACGGUACCUCUGUCGUCGAGAAGGCUGUCAAGGAAGGUGCCGUAGGUCCAGGCGGCGGUGUCUUGCUGAUCAAUAACUCAUUGUUCCGAAGUGAGGAUCUUGCCCUCCGAAAGAAGUACGUCGCUUUGGUGGAAAAGGUACAGAACGAUGGUGGCGAGGCGAGAGUUCUGAGCAGUGAUCAUGAGAGUGGUCAACGCUUGAGCAUGCUAGGUGAUAUCGCCGCCAUCCUCAACUAUCCCAUGCUAGGCCUCGACGAGGACGAAGAAGACAGCGAGGAAGAGGAGGAGGAGAAAGAACUUCAACUUCCCAGCAUGGCGGAUAAUGUCAUCUAA